AAGACAGAACAAAUAAAACACUUCCACAAAACAAAAAAUCAAAUCAAAUCAAACCCAACAAUGAAGAUUCACACCAAAGCUUUAGCGAUUCUGCUUCUGUUUACUUUAGAGUUCUCGUUGAGUUUAGCAGCCGAUGAUGGUGCGAAACUUGGAACUGUGAUUGGAAUUGAUCUGGGGACGACGUACUCUUGUGUGGGCGUGUAUAGAAAUGGGCACGUAGAGAUUAUAGCGAACGAUCAAGGGAACAGAAUCACCCCCUCAUGGGUGGCGUUUACUGAUACUGAGCGUCUGAUUGGAGAAGCCGCUAAAAAUCAAGCGGCUCUCAAUGCAGAGCGCACUAUCUUUGAUGUUAAGCGCCUUAUCGGGAGAAAGUUCGAUGACCCUGAGGUGCAGAGAGAUAUAAAGUUCUUGCCUUAUAAGGUUGUGAAUAAAGAUGGAAAGCCUUAUAUUCAAGUGAAGGUUAAAGGUGAGACUAAAGUGUUCAGCCCUGAGGAGAUCAGUGCCAUGAUUUUACAGAAGAUGAAGGAAACGGCUGAGGCUUUCUUGGGGAAGAAAAUUAAAGAUGCCGUUGUCACCGUUCCAGCUUAUUUCAAUGAUGCGCAAAGGCAGGCAACUAAGGAUGCAGGCAUCAUCGCCGGGCUCAAUGUGGCUAGGAUAAUCAAUGAGCCUACAGCCGCGGCCAUCGCCUACGGUCUAGACAAGAAAGGGGGAGAGAAGAACAUUUUGGUUUAUGAUCUUGGUGGCGGAACCUUUGAUGUUAGUAUUUUGACUAUUGACAAUGGUGUGUUUGAGGUUCUUUCUACUAGUGGAGAUACCCAUUUGGGAGGAGAGGAUUUUGAUCACAGAGUGAUGGACUAUUUCAUCAAGCUGAUCAAGAAGAAGUAUAACAAAGAUAUUAGUAAAGACAACAAGGCUCUUGGAAAGCUCAGAAGGGAAUGUGAGAGAGCUAAAAGAGCAUUGAGUAGCCAGCACCAAGUUAGAGUUGAGAUUGAGUCGCUUUUUGAUGGGGUUGAUUUCUCUGAGCCAUUGACAAGAGCAAGAUUUGAAGAGUUGAAUAUGGAUCUGUUUAAGAAGACUAUGACACCAGUGAAGAAAGCUCUGGAAGAUGCCGGCUUGAAGAAGACUGAUGUUAAUGAGAUUGUGCUUGUUGGAGGGAGUACUAGAAUUCCAAAAAUCCAGCAAUUGUUGAAGGAUUUCUUUGAUGGAAAGGAGCCUAACAAGGGUGUGAAUCCUGAUGAAGCUGUUGCAUAUGGUGCCGCAGUUCAGGGUGGAAUUCUUAGUGGCGAAGGCGGUGAACAAACCAAAGAUAUUCUUCUGCUUGAUGUGGCUCCUCUUAGUCUUGGUAUUGAAACAGUUGGUGGUGUUAUGACCAAGUUGAUUCCCAGAAAUACUGUCAUUCCUACUAAGAAAUCUCAGACUUUUACAACUUACCAAGACCAGCAAACCACAGUAUCCAUCAAGGUAUAUGAAGGUGAAAGAAGCUUAACAAAGGAUUGUCGCGAGCUUGGAAAGUUUGAUUUAUCUGGCAUUCCACCUGCUCCAAGGGGAGUGCCACAAAUUGAGGUAACAUUUGAGGUUGAUGCCAAUGGUAUCUUACAUGUGAGAGCUGAGGACAAGGCAGCUAAGAAGUCACAAUCCAUCACCAUCACCAACGACAAGGGGCGUCUCAGCCAGGAAGAGAUCGACAGGAUGGUUAGGGAGGCUGAGGAAUUCGCCGAAGAGGAUAAGAAGGUGAAGGAGAGGAUUGAUUCCAGGAACAAAUUGGAGACCUACAUUUACAACAUGAAAAGUACUAUCAAUGACAAAGACAAGCUCGCGGAUAAACUCGAUUCUGAUGAUAAGGAGAAGAUUGAGAACACCUUGAAGGAGGCUCUUGAAUGGUUGGAUGACAACCAGAACGCAGAGAAGGAUGAUUAUGAUGAAAAGUUGAAAGAGGUUGAAGCUGUAUGCAAUCCUGUCAUCAAACAGGUUUAUGAGAAGAGUGGUGCAAGUUCAGCUGGUUCACAAGAUGAUGAAGAACCCAAUGAUGAGUUGUAAAAAUCUUCCAAGGAUUUGAGAUUUAACAUGCUUUUUUCUAAAUUUUUUGUUUUCAAAUAAUUUUUUUUUCUUCUUUCACCCAAGAAUACAAAUGUAAUGUUUAUCACUUGAUGUUGAAGUAUAAUAG